GCCACACGUCAUUAAACAGGAACUAGCUGUCAAUAAACAAACAACUAGCCUCGCGUAUGAGGUAGACAGUUUAAUGUUGUUGUUUGCACAGUAUAUCGCCUUAAAUAUCGAUACACGUGAUGUCUAGGAAGACUAAGAAAGAGGAAUACUACCGUUUCUUCACCGUCACAGAGCCACGUACACACGAGAAAGGGCACACGGAAUAUAAAGUAACAGCGAGGGUCAGUAUCCUGCAGGCUAGUUAUCUACAGUCUUUAGCUGCUAUUUCAUCUAUUUCUCUCGGAUUUGAUCGAAUAAUGCGCGGCGUCUUUGGCGUAUGUGUGUGGCGUCUUCUAUCUCGAUUUGUAUCAAAGAAGAGACCAGAGGAUGUGAAAGAAGUAGUGGUGUGGAAACGGUAUACUGAGUUGAAGAAGCUGCAUGGAGAGCUGACUUACACUCAUAGGAACCUGUUCCGAAGACAAGAAGAGUUUCCCUCAUUUCCCCGAGCCCAGCUCUUUGGUAGGUUUGAUGAGGCCGUGAUUGAGGAGCGGAGGAAUGCAGCUGAAGCUAUGCUACACUUCACUACAAACAUUCCUGCAUUGUACAACAGUCCUCAGCUCAAAGAAUUCUUUAGGGGAGGAGAGGUGAGAAGACCAUUAGAUCAAUGCAUCACUUCUUCUACAGCUCUACCUCCCCCUCUCAUCCCAUUACCGAAUGGGGACACUGGUCUGGGAGCUGAAGAGGAGACAGGGAGAGAGGCGCCGAUCUUGACCCAGGAACUUGAAUCUACAUUGGAUGAUAAGGAGCUCUGUGAACCUGAGAUGGCAGUGGAGGCUCUCAGUAACAUGGAGAUCAGCCCAGUAGAAGAGAUACAUAUAGAGAAAGAGGAAGCAGAAGCAAAUUUCUGCACAGACCAACCAACCAUAGCUCCCAGUUCAGAGCCUCCUGGAUCUCCAGUUGAACAAUCAGAGUUUGAUUCACUCUUCGACGGUGUAUUGGAGGAGCCUGUAGAUGGUGCACAACCCCUUCUCUCAGACAAUGACCUAGCCAUCUUUGAUCCAUGUGCUAAAGAAGAUCAGGGUUGUGGAUCUCCUGAUCACUCUGAGCUCCUGUCCCUCAAAAUGACCACUCAGGAUGGUGAAAAGUGUGGGAAGGAGGCAGACUAUGUGAGCCAGGCAACCAGCGAGAUGACUGCAGCCCAGGAGAGUGAGAAAGAGGGAGACUACAGCACAGCUGUAAUGCGGUACAGAACAGCAGUGGAAAUCCUCAUGAAAGGAUUGCAAGGAGAUGUGGAUCCUCAGCAAAGGGAUGCAGUGAAGAGGAGGGUAGCUGAGUGCCUCGAGCAUGCAGAGCGACUGCUCUCUUCACAGACUCCUACUCAACAGCACAACACGUAGCGUGCACACACACACACACACACACACACACACACACACACACACACACACACACACACACACACACACACACACACACACAAACAUACACACACACACACAAAGAUUUACAAACCUCUGCAACACUCUCAUGCUAUAAAUCUCUCAAAUAUAACUCAAGUGUUACCAUUGAACAACCUAUGACACACAUGAACAGACUCUCAUCCACUUUCAAUUUUUUAAUCCUGCAUCUACUUAUAAGCUUUUCCUUACCUACAGUCCCAACAGGUGUAUGCAUAAGAUAUGUGCACGAGUUCUCAACACUAUGUUCUUUUCACCAAAACUACUGACAGUGGACUGCCAUUUCAUUUUCAUGACAUGAUUUCAGAGAAUACUGUAUAUUUAUAAUACAGUCUUGUAUUUUAAUGUAUUUGUUAUUUAAAAUAAUUAUUGUAAAUA